AUGUUAGCUCAGCUUGAUGAUUUGGGGAAGGAGCAUGCCAUCUAUUAUUUGAGUAAGAGGAUGCUUGAGUAUGAGUGCAAGUACAUUAUGAUUGAGCGCCUUUGCUUGGCAUUGGUUUGGGCCACUAGGAGACUUAGACAUUACAUGACAGAGUAUUUCGUGCUCUUGGUCUCACGAUUGGACCCGUUAAGGUAUCUAUUUGACAGGCCUGUUCUGACCGGUAGGCUCAUGAGAUGGCUGGUAUUGUUAACAGAGUUUGAUAUUCAUUAUGUCACACAGAAGUCAGUAAAAGGAAGCAUUGUUGCAGAUCAUCUAGCUUCUUUAUCGAUAUCCGAUGACAGAUCGGUUGAUGAUGAUUUCCCUGAUGAGCAGAUUGUUUCAAUGACUAGUAUUACGGGAUGGUGGUUGUACUUUGAUGGUGCCGCCAAUCAGUCGGGGUUUGGCAUUGGUAUCUUGUUAAUAUCACCACAGGGUGAUCAUAUCCCCAGAUCAGUCCGGUUAGCAUUUUCUGAUCAUCACCGGUUGACGAAUAAUAUUGUGGAGUAUGAGGCUUGCAUUACAGGUUUGGAGAUUGCAUUUGAUCUUGGCAUUAGACAGUAUAUACAUCUGCCUAGGGCGGAGAAUCAGUUUGCCGAUGCAUUAGCCACCUUGGCUUCUAUGAUUGUGAUCCUCAUGGGGGUGACUGUUAGGCCAUUGCUGAUUGAAACUAGGUCUGCACCAGCUUACUAUUGUCUGAUUGGAGAGAUAGAGGAUCAGAUUGAGUUGCCAUGGUAUCACGAUAUUUAUCAGUUUCUGUCAUGCGGCACUUACCCAGAGUGA